AUGAACCUAGCGGAGAACACGACGGCCACCCUGCUUGCUUACAAACCGCACAACGUCCAUCACCUCUUCAAAUGCUGCAACUUCCACCAACAUCGUCAACGUCACCAUGAGGAUGAUGUUGGUGAUGAUGAUAAGAAGGAUGAGGGUGAUGACGACGACGACGACGAUGAUGAUGACGCUGGUUAUGAUAACGCUGGGAACAGGACCGUCAAACAGAAAAGUGAUUCAAAACAUCAUUCUGCCGAUAGCACAGGCUUUUACAUCUCCCAGUUUGACAUAUGUUAUGCAAUGGAUGCAGUCAAUCUUGUUGAUAUUUUCAUACAUUUGCAGUUUAUCACUUGCCUCAAAUGA